GGGUCCCGGGCCGGUGUGCGGGCGCCCGGGCAGUGGGCGGCUCGGACGGGGCUUGUUCCUUGCGGCUGGCGGGCCCCGGGCUGCCCCGGCGCUGGCGGGAGCCGGCUGGGCCGGACGGAGGUGCCCCGCGCGCUCAGGACACGCACCUGCCGGCGUUUCGGGCUCCCCGGACGGCGAGGUCGGCGGGAGACGCCCCCGAGAGGCGCGCCCGGCCCCCGGCUAAGCUCGCCUGCCCAGCUCUGGGGGCCCCGGGGCCGGCCUGUGCGGGGCCCCCGGCGCGCGCCAUGGGCCGCUGGUAAUGGAUGGCGCGGAGAAGACUCGACUCUGCCGCGGCCGUGUUCGUUCGAGGGUCUAAAGUCCCUGGAGAAUGACCUAGCACUUCCCGGCCCCACCGGCCUCUCGAGGGCCCCCGUGGACGCGCCGGCCCGCCUCGAAGCUGCGAGGCCGGGCGGCCCCCAAACUUGGGACGCUGCGCACGCCCGGUUGCCCGGGCUCUGGACCAGGCGCGCCUCUUGAACUCACGUUCAGUACAAUCGUUUCUUUUCCAAGAAGGGUUUUCCUUUUUUUUUUUUUUCUUUUUUUGAGAUUUUGUUGACUUUUAUUUUUGAAGAAGGGAAUUUGGGGGGGGGGUGACAAACGGAAGAACCGUCCACCGCGAAGCUCAGAAAGGGGAUAAGGGACCGCCGGCGGGAGUCGGAGGCCUGGGGUCUAGGAUGGAGGUGGCGGACCCGCAGCAGCUGGGCAUGUUUACAGAGGGCGAGCUGAUGUCGGUGGGGAUGGACACGUUCAUCCACCGCAUCGACUCCACCGAGGUCAUCUACCAGCCCCGCCGCAAGCGGGCCAAGCUCAUCGGCAAGUACCUAAUGGGGGACCUGCUGGGGGAGGGGUCGUACGGCAAGGUGAAGGAGGUGCUGGACUCGGAGACGCUGUGCCGGAGAGCCGUCAAAAUUCUCAAGAAGAAGAAGUUGCGGAGGAUCCCCAACGGGGAGGCCAACGUAAAGAAGGAAAUCCAGCUGCUGAGGAGGUUACGGCACAAAAACGUCAUCCAGCUGGUGGACGUGCUGUACAACGAGGAGAAGCAGAAGAUGUAUAUGGUGAUGGAGUACUGCGUGUGCGGCAUGCAGGAGAUGCUGGACAGCGUGCCCGAGAAGCGCUUCCCCGUGUGCCAGGCCCACGGGUACUUCUGCCAGCUGGUGGACGGCCUGGAGUACCUGCACAGCCAGGGCAUCGUGCACAAGGACAUCAAGCCCGGCAACCUGCUGCUCACCACGGGUGGCACGCUCAAGAUCUCCGACCUGGGCGUGGCCGAGGCCCUGCACCCGUUUGCCGAGGACGACACGUGCCGGACGAGCCAGGGUUCCCCCGCGUUCCAGCCGCCCGAGAUCGCCAAUGGCCUGGACACCUUCUCUGGCUUCAAGGUGGACAUCUGGUCAGCUGGGGUCACACUCUACAACAUCACGACAGGCCUGUACCCGUUCGAGGGGGACAAUAUCUACAAACUGUUUGAGAACAUCGGGAAGGGGGACUACACCAUCCCGGGGGAUUGCGGCCCCCCACUCUCAGACCUGCUCAAAGGGAUGCUGGAAUACGAGCCGGCCAAGCGGUUUUCCAUACAGCAGAUCCGGCAGCACAGCUGGUUCCGGAAGAAGCACCCGCCGGCCGAGGAGCCGGUGCCCAUCCCGCCAAGCGCGGACUGCAAGGACCGGUGGCGCGGCAUGACAGUGGUGCCCUACCUGGAGGACCUGCACGGCUGUGCCGACGCUGCGGAUGACGAGCUCUUCGACAUUGAGGACGACAUCAUCUACACUCAGGACUUCACGGUGCCCGGUGGCGAGGAGGCGUCUGAGGCAGGGCUUAGAGAGAGAGACCCGCAGGAGAGCCAGUGCUCAGACCUUUCUGGAGAGGAAGCUGAGGCCAGGGCCGCCGAGGAGCUCCGGGCAGAGCUCGGGCCCUAGUGUAGCGCUGCCCCACCCGCCUCCCCGCGGUGCUGUGCUAUCCCGGGGCUGGUUCCGCAGGCUCCUGCAUAAAGGUCUGCCCCGCUGAGCGUGUGCGGGUCAUGCUUGUUUCUUUCCGGCUCGCUGCCUAGGGCUUAGGCGUUUACUGUAGAAAGAGCCCGUGUGCAGGGUGGCCAGUGGGGCCUCCAGGGAGCAGCCCCAGGGUGGGUCCGCGUGUCCCACUCUCCUGGGGGCACACUCAGGCCUCUGGUGCAUCUGGCUGCAGCUGUUCCCCAUGGGGUCCUGGGGUCAGGUGGGAUGCCCCGCCCUGGGAACCCUGGCCACGGUCCAGUCCUGAGGCCUCCUGGAUCCUCCGUCCUUUCCACAGGAUAGAAGCAAGGUGUCCUGUCUCUCAGAGGCACUAGGGCCCCGGGACAGGUGCCUGGGCGUGAGCCUUGCUGGUCAGCCGGCUGUAGAGGCACUGACCACACACCGUCUCUUCAGGCCUGUUCCAGAGGCUUGGGGCUGCUUUGCCUGGGUGGGGGAGGGCUUGUUCAAGAGCGGCUCUCUGGGCCGGAGCCAGAUCCCUGGCCUGGGAACGUCCUCCACAUGAGACGUGGGGACGGACGGUCCUGUGCUGAGGUUGGGCAGCCGCUUCUCGCUGACCUGCCCGUGGGCCGGCAGAAGGCCGUGUUGGGGCUUCUCCCGUUCUGGUCCUGUCGUGUGGUCACGGUCAGAGGCUGGCUCUCAGCUGCUCCCCUGGGUCCCUGGUCCUGCCGUCCACCCUGAGGGCUGGUGCUGGGCCUUGGGCCGGGUGUUGGUUGGUCGGGGCCACUGGCCCCAGUGCCUUGAGGGCAUGUGGGGCAGAUCCCGUGCCCUCCAGCCACCCUCCGACCGUGGUCACGGUGCCAGAGGCUGGGCCCCAGGUGAUCUGCGCAGAGUUUCGGUGCUCAGCGCCCCUGCAGCCCCCCUCCCCCUUCAGAGCAGGCAGCUGACACUGCCCCACGCUCUGGGUUCUGACCUGAGACGCUUCUCGGUCACGGGCCGGUGCC